UCGUACGAUAAGCUGAUAGGGAUAUACCAACAACUACCUCCCACUUCAACGAACUCUUCCUCUCACAACAACACAAACACUCCUCACCAUGGCGCCUCCACCAAACUUCAAACCCGCCCUCAUAAUCGUAGACCUACAAGAGGAUUUCUGCCCACCAAACGGCAGCCUCGCAGUCCCCAACGGCCGCUCCAUAAUCCCCACAGUCAACACCCUCCUCACGCUCCCCUUCCCCCUCAAAAUCGCCACCAAAGACUGGCACCCCCUUGACCACAUCUCCUUCGCGGCCAACCACCCCUCCGCCGAGCCCUUCACCUCCUACACCACGAUAACCAACCCCUCCAACGCCUCGGAAACCUACACCUCACGCCUCUGGCCCGUCCACUGCGUGCAGAACACCCCCGGCGCAUCUCUCGUCUCGGAACUCGACGUCUCUAAAAUCGACAAAGUGAUAGAAAAAGGCACGAUCAGGGACGUCGAGAUGUAUUCCGCGUUCUACACCCCGCUGAAGGAUCCGAGGGUCGGAGAUAGUGGGCUAGCGGGGGUCUUGAGAGAGGGGGGGAUUAGCGAUGUGUUUGUGGUGGGGUUGGCGUUUGAUUAUUGCGUGGCGUCGACGGCGGUUGAUGCCAAGGCGGAGGGCUUCACGACGUGGGUUGUGAGGGAGGGGACGAGGUUGGUGGAUGCGAGUCAGUGGGCGGAGACGGAGAAGGAGUUGGAGGGGAAGGGGGUUAGUUGUGUGGAUUUUGAGGGGAGUGAGGUUGGUUGGGUUAGGGAGUAUAAGGGUUGAGAGGAUGGGAUGGGAGGGGAUGGUUUAUUAAUUAUGGCUCUAUGAUGGGAAGGGGAACUGAAUGCACUUGAAAGUUGCUCGGAAGGAAAUGAUAGGUGUUGCAUGGCGUUGCUAUAUUCUACCAAAAGAUUCAUGAUUUUCAACUCAAGGACUGACACUUUUGCCCGCAUAUUCUCUACAGUUAACUCGACAAUUUCAGUUAGCCCGUCCCUCAAAUUGCCUAGCAGAGGAAAAAACAUCAGCUUCACUUUAGGUC